GUGCAGUUACCUGUGAUUUUUUAAGACACACAGUCUCAUAAUCUAGCAGGUGGAAGAGUCUCACAGUUCUUCAUGAUCUUCUCCUCACCAUGAGGGAGCCACACUUCUUCCUGCUCCUGUUCUCAGGGGUGCUGAGUUUAGGAACUUUCUGUACAGCUCUGAAUGUAACCAGCCCUCCCCACCAGGACUGUAUUGCUACUGAUGACUCCACGUCAGAUUUCCUGAUGUGUGUGGGAAUCCCAUCAGACCCUGGAGCAGUAGAUCAGCAGAUCCUCAGCCUGAAGGGCCUGAUUGACGCUCUGCUCGAUGUCUUUGUGUUUAUGGACUCGGGAUUAGGAGACGUCCCGUUGCUGAACGUGUCUGCAGAAGUGAGCGUUAACUCCACAGCUCUGCUGCAGGAUGAUGAUGUCAUCAGGAUGUGGCUGCAGAUCAGGCUGACUCCACUGCUCUCCACCAUCUCUCAGAACUUCCUCACCUGCCUCGGAUACAACAACUUCAGCUGCCAGACUUACCAGACUGUAGUGCAGGAGCUGAGUAAUCAGUUCUCCAGUUUGGAUUCUCAGAGGCAGCAGUGGAUCUACUCGUACUUCAUGCAGCCCUUCCUGUCCAGAAGUGCACCAGCAGGGUGUGUGCACCCAGGUGACACCACUGAGGACUGGAUCACAAAGAACUUCGGCUCGUUCUCAGUUCUGGCCCAACUCAGAGACUUCAGCUCCAUCAAUGGACUCUUCAAUGGGAUGGAUGUUCUGCACUUGUUGAGUCCGGAGCAGAAAGCAGCCCUCAUGCUGUAUCCAGAGUCCGCCGGUCUGAACAACGAAUCCCUCGGUGUGGUUCUGGGCAGCUUGUUGAAUUCACUGACACCCUCUGGAGAUGUGAACACCUCUGUUGGUGCCAUGUGGAAUGCAGGAUUUCCUGUUAUCUACUCAUCUUCUCCACAGGACCCACUCACACAGACAGUGAAUGGCUUGAUGACUGCGUUUAAUCCUGUUGGAAGUUUUGUCAGAGAAUUUGUGUCCUUCACACAUCAGCACGACCUGAGCAGCAUGAGGAGCGCGACGCUGAUACAGGCGAUGCUAAACUGGACGCUAGCAGAGCUCGCAGCUCCAUUUAAAAACACCAGCAGUGAUCAGCAGAUGGAUCAGACCAUGUUUAACCCUACAGACGUUAACUCCUGGUUCACACACAUCGUUGUUCCAAUACUGAACAGAUACCUGUCCAGCGAUAUACCAGCUGACCUCACUGCUGUCUUCCAUAACGUGUUUUAUAUGGAGAAUUCAGUGAACAAAACCCAGGACACUUGCAGCGUCACUCUGGACGGCGCGUGUGGUGUGGCUAAUGUGAUGGAGCAUGUGGCAGAAAUCCUGCAGUGUGCAGCAAGUACUAAUCUCACGCUCACAGAGGAAACAGUGACCAGUCUCGUCCUGCACCUGUCCAGCAACCUGAACACACUGCUGAACCAGCUCACCCAGACGAAUUUCAGUUCAGAAGAUUCUCCUUUUAGAGAUAUCCUCGAGCGAAUCCAUGACCCCACACAUGUUGACCUGAGUGAUGUGGCGUUUGUCCACACAUGGUUUUACAUCAAACUGAAGCCUCUCUUACCCACACUGACACCUGACUACCUGCUCUGCCUCAGUGCCAAACCCUUUUCCUGCCUAACUUUCCAGAUACUUGUGCAGGAGAUGAGCAACAACAUGUUCCAGAUGGCAGAGAAUGAAACUGUUCUGGUUUAUCAGAACUUCAUCAUCCCAUUCCUGUCCCAACAGAACUCCACAGGUGCCUGCAUGGAGAACAGCAGUUCGGAGUGGAUCGUGAAGAACCUGGGUGGAUUCUCUCAGUUUGCCACAGUGCAGGAGAUGUAUCUGCUCCAUCCUGAGUUUAAUGCUCUGGAGGCUCUCGAUGUACUCACUCUGAACCAAACUGCUGAGAUCAUUGUUGAAGACCUGCCUCGACUUCCAGAUAAAGAGCAGCUCAUUACCAUCGUCUUCAGCAAAGUUCUGACAUCCCAGCCCAGGAGGCUGCAGCUUCCACAGCUCGUUCUCCUCAUCUCACAGAUGAACACGAUGAAAAAUAACUGUAUGAUCUAUAAUGAUAUGUUUUUAUGGCUCCACUUUGCUUCUUUGUCUACAAACCCAGAAACAGAAGCAGUGAUUUUGAGAAGCAUCAACACCCUCAUAAAGGCAACACCAGCAGCCUGUGUCUCCUACAGUGGCAGGUGCAGUAUCACUCCUGUCAAUGGGACGACGGUGUGUGAUGGUGUGAACAGUUCUGCUCUGCUGGAGUACCUGAACGAGCCACAUAACGGGAGUCAACUCUGCAGCUUCAAUAUCACACAAUACGCCUGUGCUCAGUUGUCCGGUGUGUCCACAGUAGACCUGGCGACAGUGUUGUCAUGUAAUCUCUAUGGUAACAACACAAUAUCAGACAAGACAUGGAAACUCUUUAUACUGAGGGUCAGCCCAGAUCUUGGCCCCGCCCUCGACCUGCUUACCAACACGACUGUCCCUCAGUCUCCCUCUGUGCCGGUGGUGUUGGAUGUGAUAGGUGAUGUCACCUUCAGUACUUUAAGCCCAUCCAGUUUUAUGAACAAUUCAUUCAUCCAGCUGUGGUUUGGAGAGAGACUCCACCCCUUUUUGCCUUAUGCCCCACCCAACUUCCUGUCCUGCCUUUCCAAAAACAACUUCAGCUGUGAGACAUACCAGAGUGUGGUUGAGAUUUUGAGUGGGCAAUCUGAUGCCAUGUCACUUCAGACUCAGAUGUCUGUCUAUGUCUACUUCAUCUACCCGUUCCUCAGCAGCUCCAACGAGACAGCAGGUUGUGCCGUUGGAGUUCAGAGCUCUGUUUGGUUGAUCCAAAACUUUGGUGCUUUUGCCAGAUUUGCAACUCUCUCUGAGCUACAGAGUCUAAACCCUAAAGUCUCAGUGAUGGAAAUCUUGAGCAGUUUAUCUGUAGCACAGUUGGUGCAGGUCUCCACCUCUCCUGAGCUCAUUAGCACACCUGCUCAGGUCACUCAGGUGAUGGACAGCGUUCCAGAGUCUGAACUCGGCUCGUUCUUCACAAAGCUCUCCGCCACCCUCACUGUUGGUGGUGCGUCACUUUCCCCCAUGGUCAGUGAGGCCUUUCUGCAGGAGGUGUUUACGAGGGUGAAUCUGGGAGACCCGAUGAUGCCGGACUCUGAGGUGGAGCAGUGGCUCAACGUCAGACUGCGGCCUUUCAUCUCUGACAUCCAGGCAUCACAGAUCCCUGUGUACUUCAGCAUGAUCACACAGCGCUCCUGUAACAUCUCACACCAAGGUGUGGGGCUGCUAAACUCCGCCCACUCCGGAUACACUAUUGACAUUCUGGAUGCAAUCAAUGACCAGCUCCUCACCGCUCUCAAAGGACCCUUGCUGAACUGCUACAGCAGUAAUCUGAGUUACUACACCUUCCUGCAGUCGUAUAUCAUGGAUUUCCAGUUCCCCUCCCUUUCCACCUUCCUGUCCCUCAUGCCCCCAGGCCGCAUGCCCGAGCUGGUGAGCUCCAUGUCUCCAGGACAGAUGUCUGAAUUUCUGAAUCACAGCAGCACUGUGAACCAACAAACCACACUGUGUGAGCUCUUCAACAACUACAACCAAACAGAGAACUACCUGCAAAGUGAGCCCAUUUUGUCCUCAGCUCUGGCCAGCCAGACGUUGCAGUGUGUAUGGCCUCGAGCUAUCAGUGCCACAUCUCAGGCGGAUGUGGACAGAUGGUUUAAUGUUGUACUAGUCCAAUACCAGCCAUUCCUCAGCUCUCAGAUGAUCAGCUCCACCCAGAUGUCUGGAGCCUCCUGCUUUGCCUUCAGCAAGUUUGUGUCUUCAAUGGGAAAUUAUAAUUUUGGCAAGGCAAGUUUUACCAAGCAAGAUGUCUAUGGCACCAUCCAGUCCUACCUGACCACAGCAAACCCUCCCAAAUGCUACAACCCUGAAGACCCCACGCUGAGCUCCACUGCCUGGUUUUAUCAGUACAUUGGAGUCUUCAUCACCUUCAUCACUGUGGGUGACCUGCAACAGUUUGGAGGCACAAAGCUGCAGCAGUUCACUUUGAAUGCACAGAACCUUGAACUGUUCACAAAGAACAACGUGAGCCAGGACGUCAUCUCUGUCUACACAAAUAUGCUAUUCGAUGCCAGUCCGGACUUCAGCGUGCUAUAUCUCCCGAAACCACUGUGGUGUUCUGCUCCAGCAAGUGCGUUCACAACAAUGUCUCAGAGUGAUGUAGUGAGCAUUACCGAAUCUCUACAAAAGCAGUGCACAAACAUAGAGCCUACUGUAUCUUCUGCACUAGCAAGUAACGUGGACACCCUGAAUUCAAACACCAUUGUGGCAUUGGGUAACUCCAUCACUGGUCUUAGUGUUGGUCAGAUAUCAGCCUGUAGCCCCUCCACCCUACUGUCCUCUCUCAGUUUCCUCAGUUCUGUGGAUGGCUGGAGCCAGAGCCAGGCCAUGGCCAUCAUCCAAUCACUGUUCUCAAUUGGAGAGUUUAAGAUCACCUCAGUCGAGUCAUUGCAGCAGUUGGGCAGUCUGUUGAUGGGUGUUCCUUCUGCACUGUUCAGCUACAUCUCUGCAUCUUCUCUGCUCAGUGCCCUGCAGUUUCCUUCCUUCCUAAGUGAUGUUAUCACUACUCCCAUCACCACACAGGAGAUCAUUGUCAACCAGAUUAUCUCUUUGAACUCCAGCCCUGACACUGUUGUCCAGAAUGUGCCAGGAAACAUGACACCGUUGAUUCCUCGCCCAUCUCUGCUGUUUCUCUCUCAGCAAUCAGCAACAACACUCAAUCAGAAACAGUGGACCAAUGAUCAGGCCAUGCUGUUCUUUGACAUAGUGGCUGAUGAAUACUCCGAUGCAGACAAUAUAUCGUUCCAGGUGUUGCAGGGCUUCACCUGCACACGUGUUCAGAGGUUCAGCACACAGAAAGUGAAGAACCUGGUCAGAGGUUGCAGGCGCCGUGGCAACAAAAAGGUCAAGCUACAGGAGUCUCAGCUGACCUGCAUGUACAACUACAUAAAGAGUGACACUGUGACUGUCUUCAGUGAUUAUCCUGCUGACAUGCUGCUCUACUACAAUCUUUCUCAGGUGCAGCCAUCUCUGUGUCAGUCGUAUUACUCAGCUCUGGGUGAAGCAGACUUCAGUAUGUUCUCCCCAACUCUAGCUUUCAGGAGAGACACCCUGUUAAUGAACGCCUGCCAGUGUCUCGGCAUCUCAGGGUUGAGUGUGAACCGGACUCAGCUGGACGUGAUGGGACAGAUGGUGUGUGUGUUCAACAGCACUUACAUCCUCAACUCUGACCCAUACGUGCUGGAGAAGCUCAAACUGUGUGAUACUCUAACAAGUGGACAGAGCAGCGCUGUCCAGAAUGUCCUAAUCAGCGGGAACACUGUUUACGGAGCUCCAGCUAGUUGGAAUCAGAGCACUCUGACGGCCUUGGGUGAUUUGCCCCUGUACCUGUCCUCCAACUUCUGGGCCUACUUUACCCAGAAGGAGAAGGUAAGGUUUCUCCGUACAUUCAUUCCUGUGUUGAAGAGCAGAGGCGUGUCUAGAAAGAGCAUCUACAACCUGAUCAUUGAGGCAGGAAAUGCUCCCAGUUCCAACACCAGGAGUUUAUUACGAUUCAGACGUGAUACUGCGUGUACGGUGGGGGAGAUAACUCAGGUCCAGACGGCCGACGCCUCUUUCCCCUUCGGCUAUGACGUGAACCAGUUCAACGUGUGUCUCAGUGUUCAGACGCUAAAGGACAACCUGGCUACAAUCACGGACAAGGCCAUGGGCAGUGACUACCAGAAGGUCAUCCUGGACAAACUCAACCAGGCUUACCCAGCAGGCAUCAGUGACCAAGUGCUGCAGGUUCUUGGCCCCGCCUCCCGCGCCGCCUCCACCAGUGACAUCAGCAAGUGGAAUGUGACAUCAAUCGACACCCUCUCGGCUCUGAUGAAGUCAUAUAAUGGAGACUGGAGCCCAGAGCAGGUGAGAGCUAUAGUCAGCAGGUAUUUGACUGGAAACAGAACUCUGGGUACCAUGGAGCUGAACGCACUGCGAGGAACAAACCUGUGUGCACUGAACACCAACCUGCUGAACACCAUCAGCUCCAGCAGCUUGCAACUCGCGGAUCCGCUGCAGCUGUCUAACUGCAGUCUGGAGCAGAAGCAGGUUCUGUUCAGCAUUGCUCAGCUCUCCUUCAACGACCAGAGACUGAGCAGGAGCACACAGCGCAGCACCACCGUGUCCGCUAACGCCUACCAGCUCAUGCAGACGUACCUGCGCGGUGCUGAUCUUGCCUAUGUGCGUACCCUCUCCAUCUCCAACAUCAGCAUGGACUUGCUCACCUUCAUCACCCUGCAGCAGAAUGUCGUUAAUAGCCUGACAGUGAGCGAGGUGCAGGGUCUGCUCGGUGUUAACGUGCCCAGUCUGAAGAUGUACGAGAAUAACACGGUGGUUCACGACUGGAUCAUACAACAGCUGCAGUCUGAGCUCAACAUGCUGGGCAUCGGCCUCACCGGGGGACGUGUCGCAUCCAUGGCCACCACAGCUAGCGCUCCUGCUAAUGCUAAUGCUACUGCUAAUGCCAAUUCUACCGCUAAUGCCAAUGCUACUACCACCAUCAAGCCUACAGCUGCAGGCUCCAGUAUCUCCGCCUCCUCUGGGCUGCAGAAGCUCCUCCUCCUUUUGGGUGUAACCAUGGCAACUCUGCAGCUUAUCCACUGAUUAUGACAUGACAGCAUGACAUGGGGAGAUCGCCUCUGUCUCUGCUGUGUGCCUAGAAAUAUAAUGUAGUUAAAAUCCCACACUUCCUGUGUACAUGUGUACCGUUUGUCUGUCUGACUGAUCACCUCUGUUUGACUGAUCAUUUGUCUGUCUGACCAUCUGUCUGACCAUCUCUCUGUCUAACUGAUCAUUUGUCUGACUGACCUUCUGUCUGACCAUCUCUCUGUCUAACUGAUCAUUUGUCUGACUGACCUUCUGUCUGUUAAUCUGUCUGUCUGACCGACGAUCUGUCUGUCUGACCAUCUUUCUGUUUGUCCGAUCAUCUGUCUGACCAUCUCACACCUCUGGAGUAGAUAUGUGAUGAUAGUGGUACUGAAAUAAGAAGUUUUCCUUAUUUACUAUAAAAGGUGAAAGUGUAAGACGAACAAACUGAAAUAAUAUUUAAACAGGAGUGUGAUUCUUCGUUAUUAAACCAUUAUUAAAUAAUAAAGAAAUGUUUUAAUGACAUAUUAAUGAAAUAAACUUUAUCUUCUCUCAUGGUGGUUUUAAUGUCUUUGGGUUAUAAAACUCAGAGGUGUGUAUUUUAUUAUUAUUAUUAUUAUUAUUAUUAUUAUUAAUGUACUUAUUUGUAUUUAAAUAAAGUGUACACUGCUUAAA